CCAAAUCACACGGCGUCUUCACGGGCGAUUGGAUCUGAGCUUGAGGCGGAGAUGGCGGAGGACGGAGGCAGAGGCCGCCGUCUCUGCCGGUCGACGACGGAGAAAUGGCCGCAACCGAGGAGGACGGCCAUGGAGGGGAGGGUGCUUCCUCGAUCCGGAUGAGGGGAGCAGCAGCUGCGACCUCGAUGCGGAUGAGGAGAGCAGCAACCGCGCCCCUGUUCUUCGCGGCGCGGCGGCCGGCUGCCUCGGCUAGGAGCUUUGCCCUCUUAUUCCCGCGCGGUGCAGCGGCGACCUGAGGACGAGUUCGAGGCACAGUGGUGGUUACAGCACACGACGCCGGGGGAGGCGGCGGUGCUUCCUUGCCUCGUCUGUUCUCCUUAUCUGAGGUCCGUCCGACGGCAGAUGCACACCCGACGUCGUCAUGGAGGCUCCGACCCCGAGGCACCCUCCCUGCUUCCUUCUGGUUGCAUCUCCCCCAGGCUCGAAGAGAGGAAGAGUAGGCCGGCGGCAAGGAUCCAGUGACGAGCGCCUCCGUAGUGCAGAUACUUUGGAUCUAUGUGCUUUGGCCAAAUUGGUCGAGCCUGAGACUGAUUGGAAGACCUUUUCUGAUAUCCUUGAAUUAGCCGUGGAAGGCAGAGGAAGUAGAGAUAAAAAUGACAGAUGGGCCUGGAAGAUACACCAGAAACAGAAGAAAAUUUUCUCAAAAUUGCGAAAGAGAGCUAUAGAGGCCGGUGAUCAACUCUAAGCUCCACUUACAAGGCAUACAAAACAGAUGCAGCUAGAUUGGCUAAUCUGCCGGAAGAUUUACUACUGGAAGAGUGAAUGGAUGAUUGAGUACUUUGGCACUGAUUAAAAAUUUCAGGAACACAACCGACGCUAAGAACGGAACAUGGUCUAACACAGAGUCCCAGGAUGUUUAAGUGAGUACACUGACUUUUGGUUAUUCUAUAGUUAUUCAAUGAUGUGCGUUCGGCAUACUUCUGCAUCAGCUGGGAUUAUUCAUGUGUUGGAUCGUGUUAUUCUUGUUUCAUCUUUUAUAGUGUCAAUAUUGAUGCGGCACCUAUAAUUGUUCUUUCCGUUUUGAGGACAAAACACAUUAAAAGGUUGAAAACAAAGAAACUGAAACCCAUGGUCCACUUUCAAGUGAGCAUGUCAUUGGCCUUCAUAAUUAGCUAGCUGCUUCUUCUCUUUCACCAUGCGUUGCUGCUGCAUUGAGUCACAACUUAAAAAAAUGAAUAUGUGCUAGCUAGGGACAUGAACUUAAUUGAGACUAUAGAUUGAGUCACAACUUAAAUCAAUAGCGGAAGCUUUAAGUACAUGUACUUGUGUAUACGCUUUAGACAUUUACACUUGUAAGAUUGUUCUGACCCCUAAGUUACAUGCUUGCUGACACAGUAUUACUCCUCUAGUUAGUCUGGCAACAGUUCUUUUUAACAAUGGGGCUGGAAUAAUUGUAUGGCAUAUGUU